AUGCUAACUGUUAAACCCAAGGCGGACCUGGCAGACGAUGCCAAGAAUGUAGAGCUCUACAACGAGGCGAUCGAACAGCUCAAAUCUGUUAGCUUACAGGUGAGGUCGCCGGGAGAGUACGUUGCAACAAGGCUCGAAUCGGUUUCUCUGGAUGAUAUCAGACGUGAGCUUAAGGCGCUGCUGGCAUCGUGCCAGUCCAACGCCUCAGGCAUUCUGAAGCCACUAGUAUCAACUGCGACUCCUUUCAACGACACUAUUGAGUCUACUAUCCAGUCUUUGCUACCGUUCAAGGAUGUGCUGAAGGAGUCUUCGCGGCAGCUUGACAUCGGUAGGAGCUCAAUCAAGCAAAGAAAGUCACACAUCAAGCUGAGUUUGUCUAGGUUCGUCGCUGUUUCCUAUGCCAAAAUGGCGCUGUCAACCCACCUGGAGGCUGUCAAACACCUGGAAAGCAUCUCCGAAGAGAUAAUCGAUACAUUCGCGACGGAAGAUGACGUUAGCGUGAAGAGUGACGCCAACAUUGUAUUGAGGGCCAUAGAUGCGCUUGACAGAUGCGCCCGACUUGUGGAAAAAGCUGGCGACGUCGUAAAAUCUGAUGACGACAAGCGAACUGUGACAAACGAUUGGGCAAUCUUAGAGGUCAUACCGUCUGAGAUCAACAGGAUACAGAGGCUGCUUAAACAGGGCGAGCAUUACGAAAAUGCUAUCACCGAAUACGUGAACUAUUGCCAAAAAACGUUGAAGGAGGUUGACCCCGAGCAACUGGGUCUGCAUGAGGACGUAUCGAUCGACCCCGGGAAAACAAAUAUAGAGAACGUCCUGGAAAUGGAGAAGCUGCUGAAAUGGAACGAAUUAGAGGAGCUGCGGUCGAUUUACGCAGUCGAAUCUGCGUCUAAGAGCGUUCUCCGUCUCCACGCCAGCCUCAUCAAGCUCACCGACACGUGCACCAAAAGUGAAAUGACAGCCCUGUUCACGUUAUACACCGAGCGGUCGAAUAUCUGCCUGCAGGAAGACCUAAAUGUAACCGCGUGCCGAAAGCCACCUCGCGACAUCGCAGCCCAUGUUAACGGGCUAUGCUCACUCAUAAAGGGGGGAGAACAACUGCGACUGCCUACGGCGGGCUGCAACACUGCCAUCCUACCCUUUGUUGAUAUAUUCACCCAGGUCUUUGUCAAGCCCAUCCUAAACACGAUUGUGGGUGAGCUGGUGCAAAGCGAGCAGGGCUACGUGCCACUCAGCCCCCAUGGAGAAGCGAAUCAUUUUACCAACUUCGUUGACAUGGCCAUUGAACGCCUUCUCCACCCGCAAUACAGCAUUGCAAUGCAACUGCUGAACGAUUUAGCCCAUGCGUGGGGAAAUGAUAGAUUUAAAGUGAUUUGUAUUUUCGAUGGGAUUGCAAAAGAGCUGUUGAAGCACAUCGAGAAGCAUUUUUCUGCGAUCUAUUUCCCCAUAUAUGUGGAUCGCUUCGCGAGCAAUUUGGAGGCCUACGACCACCUGAUUGAGAACAUCGAAAUUGCGGCGGGCAGCUACCGCCACUACCUGAAAUGGAGAGGGUCGGACAUACCCAAUACCGUAUCCAGGUGUUUCAGCGUCGGGGCUGUCUGUGACAACUUCAUCGAGAAUGCUGCAAGGGAGCUAACGGCCGAGAUAACCACCAACGGAAACAUUACGGGCAAACUGCAUGAGGGAGAUGGCCAGACGUUCUACCUACCGCCCUCCAUGGUGCUGCAUAGGCAGCUGCUAGCUUUGUUCAAGCACCGCAACUUCUUCUACCAUCUGGUGCCGCAAUACCUUAGAGGCGCGUCGGAGAUGUUUGCGGAGUAUGUAAAAUACCUCCAGGCAACCGUGUCUAAAAUGGAGUCCAUUUACGCCAACGAGUCCAAAGACAGCACCGAGUCCGGAGAGGCCGUGACUAAUGCCGCCUACAUGUUGCACGACCUAGACGCAAUUGAAACCGCCAUAAAUUCGGGGAGCACUGACGCCCUCAGCGUCACACUCUCGGCCAUGCCCGUGGAUGCCAGGGAAUCCGACUAUGGCGCUAGCUUCCCACGGGUGGCUCACACGUGGGAUAGUUCCGACAGUGGCCAGAGCUCACCCAAGGCGUCAAGCGGCAGCACCAGCAGCGGUGGAACGACGUCGACCUAUGUUUCUGUCGACCCCAACACGCCCUCUCAAUCGCCUCCAAAUGAAACCGAAAUGGAUGCCCAUUCCAAAGACCUGCAAUCGGCGUUAGAUUCGAGUAACCUUCCCUCCACUAUUGUACUUUUAGAAGGCAAAUCGGACGGCGACAUCGUUAAGGCGGCGAUGAGAAGGCUGGAGUACCCGUUGCAGGUUGCAUUUAAACGCCUCUCAUUCGCCCUCAGCGGCGUCGACGCUGACGAUACCUCUAGGGCGUUGACACAGCGGUCCAGAGAUCUGUUGGAUGAAUUGUGGAAGGAGGCGCACAAAUCUAACGACUCUCAUCGUUCCCAUGAGGACGGCGACAACACGACCGCCACGGCACAGGGCUAUGCCGACAAGCUGCCAACAGAAGACCUAGCGGACGUCAGGGCGCUUGUUACGUUUACGAAAACCAGCAUAGAGCUGCUCUACAAUUUUUUCAACAGCGCGCACGAGCAAAUAGAGGCCCUCAAAUACAAUCUGGAGUACCUCGUGAUACAAAACUUGGUAUCAGGUGCCACAUGCAGCUUGCAGUUCCUGCAGUCGAUGCCAUCCAAGUUCAGGUCCGCCACCAAGCAGGAUGUCAGCAAACCCAGCAACUACGUGAAGUACACGCUGGUCCCGCUGCUGUCGUUCAAGGAGUUCACGUCGCCGUCGAUCCCGCAGGACCUGGCGCGCAAGAUUUUGACCCAGACUGUCGCCACACUUGCGUCUGAAUACCGGAACCAGGUGUUGAAGCUCCUGCAAACGGUGCAGAACCUCAACGAAUCGCUGCUGAACUCCAAAAACGUCAGGGUCAAGGAGCAGGGCGCCAACUACCUCAUCGCAGACCUCGGCCUGAUCAGGGCGCAGCUGAAAACGGACAUCGCAGAAUUCGUACACCAAUGCAACACAAGGAUGGGCAUCCAGCAGGAGCACUGCGAAGAUCUGAGAAUCCUCAGCGUAUGCAUUCCGGACGACGCAAUGGAGAAGUGA